AUGGAUAAUUUAUCAUACCAGAAUCUUCUAAAAUCUUUCAAAUUUGUUAGAAUUCUUGAGUCGGACACCCAAGAGAAAACUCUUUCUCUUUUAGGAACGAUCGACAACCAAGAUGCUAUAGUUCGUCUCGAAAGACUUCACUACGACAAUCCAUCAUCUCAAGAUAGUCUUGCAAGUCUCAUCGAUGUUGCAAACCUUUUGAAGAUUGGAGAUAAUGACAUAUAUAGCUGGUUCUCAGUGUCUGAUCUCCCGGAUGUUCAAUCCACAAAAUUGAACUUGAUCUACCCAGCGACUCAGAAACAUAUCUCCAAGUACAACCACCAACCACUCCACAUGGUACGCGAGACCGCUGAAAUGUACCGCGAUAUUGUCGCUCCGUAUAUCGAAUCUAUGAAAGGCCUAAGGAUCCAAUGGGUCAAGAACAUUCUUUUCCAAGGUGCAGAAGCGGAAAGUGUGAUAUACAGAGACCACGACCCCGUCACUGGAUUUGUGCUCUUACCAGAUAUGAAAUGGGACGGCCGCUCGCUGGAAAACUUAUAUAUUGUGGGAAUUGUCAACAGAGAAGACGUAGCUUCGGUGCGUGACUUGCGUGGAGCAGUACACUUGCUGUGGCUCGAGAAUUUGAAGGAAAAAAGUCUAUUGGAAGUAUCCACCCGCUACGGAAUUGGGUUGAAUGAUUUGAAAGUGUUUGUCCACUAUCAGCCGUCGUAUUACCACUUCCAUAUCCAUAUAGUGAACGUUGCCCAUGAAGGAUUAAGACGGGGAAUCGCUGCAGGAAAGGCAAUUUUGUUGGACGAUAUUAUUGAGAACUUGAAGCUAAGUGAGGAUGGAUAUGCUAAAAGAACCAUGUGCUACGAAAUUGGGGAAAAUCACGACCUAUGGAAGUUGUUGGUUAAAAGAUAG